AUGUUUGAUCAUAGUUUGAUCGUUCUCAUCACUUGGAUUGUGCUCUAUUACAUUUCAUCUUGUGAUGUUUUGGUCGCCAAUGGUGUCAAACUAGAGCAAAAGGUUCCUAAGAAGCUCCAUUUUGUUUUAGUUCAUGGAGCUGGCCAUGGUGCCUGGUGUUGGUACAAAGUCACACACAAGCUGGAACAAGAGGGCCACAGGGUGGAGGCUGUGGAUUUAACCAGCGCUGGGACCAACGGCGUGGAUGCAAAAACCGUCGGUAACCUGGAGACUUACUCGGUCCCUUUGAUCGAAUUGCUCGAGUCUUUGCCAGCAAACGUCAAGGUGAUCUUGGUCGGACAUAGUUUAGGGGGCAUUUCUCUUACAUAUGCUAUGGAAAGAUUCCCCCAGAAAAUCUCUGGAGCUGUUUACAUUACUGCUAUUAUGCUCCCUAGCAAUGGAUCUCAAGCCCUUAGCAUUUACAACAAGAUCGCGCAAGGACUUGGAGACAAAUUCAUACUUUCGUUUAGAAAUGGCUCUGUUACUGCUGGCUCAUUUAAGCCCGAGCAUGCCCGAGAAAUGCUAUACCAGAGAUCUCCUCCACAGGACUUUGUUCUUGCCAAGUCGAUACUAAAACCAUUCCCAUACUUUGAUCCCACUGUGAGCUUCACUGUUGCAAACUAUGGCAAAGUUCCUCGCUAUUACAUCAAAGCUAAGAAGGACAAAACCAUUCCACUGGAAAUCCAGGAGGAGAUGAUCAAGCAGACCCCUCCACUCAAGGUUUUGGAGCUCAAUUCAGAUCAUUCCCCAUUUUUCUCCAUGCCCAAUGCGUCUAACGGUCAUAUUGUGAAGAAGCGAUGGCGAUGGCGAUCGAAGGAGGACGAUCGCAUCUGUGAGGUACUAGAGGUCCAUUUCUCUCCUUUUGGAGAAUCAGGAUAUAUGUGUCUGCGAAUCAGGGUAACGUAG